AUGGCAUCGUCCAAGCCGGAAGAGUACAAUCUCAUCUAUUGGCCGGGCAUCCCCGGCCGUGGCGAGCAUAUCCGUCUGGCCCUGGAAGAGGCUGGCGCUAAAUAUACCGACACAGCGCACACCGGAGGCAUCGACCAGGUGGACGCAUACGUGAGCGGCAGUGUGCCCGACGACGGUGUCAACGCACCGCCUUUCGCGCCGCCCAUCCUGAAGCACGGGUCCCUCGUGAUCAGCCAGACGUCCAACAUCCUCCUCUACCUGGGUCCCCGUCUGGGGCUCGUCCCAGAUGCUAGCAAGGAUCCCGAUGGGCUGUACCGUGUCAAUGCGCUGGUCUUGACGGCGAUGGAUGGGCUGAGCGACGAGCCACACGACUGCCACCAUCCGAUCGCGACGGGGCUGUACUACGAGGACCAGAAGCCCGAAAGCAAGAGGAGAGCCGAGGACUACGUCAAGAACCGGCUGCCCAAGUUUCUGGGGUACUUUGAGCGCGUGCUUAGCUCCAAGGCCGCUGGCGAUGGGCCUUGGCUCCAUGGAGGGUCCCUCACAUAUGCCGACCUCGUACUUUUCCAGUGCGUCGACGGGCUCAGGUUCAUGUUCCGCAAGGCCAUGGCCAAGGCGGAGCGCGAGGGCAAGUACGCCAAGGUUUUCGGACUAUAUGAAGCCGUUAAGCAGAGACCGAGAAUCAAGGCCUACUUGGAGAGCUCGCGACGGCAACAGUACUCGAUGGGAAUCUAUCGGUACUACGAGGAGCUGGAUAUUGAGCCAUGA